AUGUUAUGCAGGUUGCUGCCAACGAGCGAUAUCCAAGCAGUUGUUGAGGGAGGGUGCCCUAAUCUUCUCCGGAAAUCUGUUAAUUCAGCCAAGAGGCUGAGAGCACACUUGCAAUUAGAUGAAGGGGAUGUUUGUGGUGCGUGCAAUCUACGAAGCUCUUGUGAUAGAGCUUAUGUAAUUCUAAAGAAUUUUGAAACUGAUGCCCGAACUGUGGAUAUAGUUCGAAUACUUUUGUUCUAUGCACUAGAUCCAGUUGUGCUUUCCGGAGGAGACAAACCACCUGGCCGAGAAGUUAUGGAAUCAUCUGCCAGAAAACUUCUUUGUCAGUUGAUUGAAUUGAGUGAAUCCCCCAGUCCUGCUCCUGCCCCUGCACUUGCUCGAUCAAAGCCUACUACACGGGAUACUGUGCGAGAAGGCCAGUCUCUAAGUGUUACAACGUUUAAAGAUGUUGAGAUGAAGAAAGGUGACUGGUUAUGUCCAAAAUGCAAUUUCAUGAACUUCUCCAGAAAUUUUCAAUGCCUGAAUUGUAAUGAUGAUAAGCCUAAGGAUAUAAACCCGCCCACUGUUCAAAUGAAGCAAGGGGAUUGGACCUGUCCCGAAUGCAAUUUUUUAAAUUUUGCCAGAAACACACGAUGCCUAAAAUGCAAAAUGAAGGGGCCAACAAAAGAAGCCAAUACUAUUACUAAUGAAGUUGAAAGGAAAAAAGGAGAUUGGACUUGUCCAGAAUGUGGGUUCAUGAAUUAUGCCAGGAACACUAAAUGUUUGCGUUGUCCCGAGACACGGCCUAAGAAACAUCCUGGGGAUUGGAAUUGCCCCAAGUGUGGGUUCAUGAAUUUUGCUAGUAAAAUGAAAUGUUUGCAUUGUCAAGAGCCAAACCGUGAUUCCAAGAAAUAUAAUGGGGAUUGGAGUUGUCCCAAAUGUGAUUUCUACAAUUAUGCAAGAAAUGUGGCUUGCCUGAAGUGCAACACUGAACGCCCUAAAGAACAAUCAACUGUGGGCUAUGAGGACCAUGAAUGGAGACGAUCAAACUGA